UUGAUAGUUUUUGUAAUCUUAUAACAAUUUCUUUCACCAUGAUUUCACUAGACUUUUUGCUUCAUCACUGUUACUACCAGGAGAAGAAGAAAGCUUUCUAGUCCAAAA